GUAUUUGAAAGUCACGCCUCUGAAAUUCAUUAAGUCUUAGGGCCCUCCAGCCAGCUGGUUGUGUGUGUCCUGUUGGUGAUGGUGUGUAUCUGAGUACAGUAGCCACAGGUUCAAAUGGUGCUGGCAGACAGCAUCUUUUCCCUUGAUAUGUCCUCACAUAAAAAUGACUGUUCAGGUAGCCUUUACUGUAAUGCACAGCUUGGGACUGUGAUCAUCAAUAUUCUAAAGCAGACAUACUUUCUGCUUCUUCUGAAGCAGCAGAUGACAUCCAGCAGGCAAAAAGAACAUGUUGCCCUUCAAAAGCUGAUGGGCUCCAGCUUCCAUUAAUCCCUCCCAGACAGCGUGACUAGUGACCAGGGAUGGUAAGAAUUUCAGUUCACAGCAUCUUGAGGCCACAGGUUCACCACCUGUGCUCCUACAGACUGCUGAAUUGUCAAGUUUUACAAUGCAAAACGGAUUGUUUUUCUCUCUCCCUCAUAUCCCGUGGUCUCCAGGAGGUCCUGUUAUGUCACCGCAGUGGAAUGCUGCAGAAUGCCAACAACAAUCCAAAACCCUUUGAAAAAUAUUUACAACUAACAAACAUAAAAUCAGGGUAAAAGUUUUGUAUGGCCAUUUAGCUGGGGACAAGAUGAGAGGUCGAAGAGUACAGCUCUCUAUACAAGUGUGUUGCUUCCCGGUUGUUUCAUUUACUUCAAUCCAAGGCUAUUUGUCUACGUGACAUAUUCUUUUGGCAGUUUCCAAGUCUGGAAGGAUGUUAGGGGGAUUGCUGCUUGCAUCUGCCUGGGUUGCUGUUGCAUAUCCUGAGUUUUGCAAACCAGAUGCAGAGAAUGCUUUCAAAGUGCGGAUUAGUAUCAAAAGAGCUCUAGGAGAUAAUGCAUAUACUUGGGAUGCUAAUGAAGAAUACCUGUUUAAAGCAAUGGUGGCUUUUGCCAUGAGAACAUAUUUCAGCCAAGAAACCACCCAAAUUUCCAACGUAUUGCUCUGCAACGUAACAGAUCGGGUAUCAUUUUGGUUUGUUGUCACAGAUUCAUCCACAAACGCAACGAUUCCUAGGAGUGAUGUGGAAGCUGCCAUAAGGAAGAACAAAAACCGAAUCAACAGUGCCUUUUUACUGAAUGAUGAUGCGCUGCAGUUUCUGGAAAUCUUGUCCACUUUAGCACCACCAGUUGAAGGCUCUGUGCCGACGUGGCUGAUUGUGUUUGGUGUUGUCCUUUGCAUCAUUACAGUUGGAAUUGCUUACCUUAUAAUAUCCGGAAUCCAUCAACGCAAGAGACGUAAUAAGGCACCUGAAGAAAUAGAAGGUUUAGAAGAUAAAUGUGAAGCAACCGUAACAAUGGAAAAUGGAAUUCCCUGUGAUAACUUGGAUUUAAAAGCUGGUCGUAUUAAUGGAGUCUAUGCAGCAACAGAUGACGAGCGGUUCACACCCUUAUGAACUGUCUCAGUUUCUCUCGUGCCCUUCCUUGGGACUCUGCCCUCGUUUUAUCUAGCAAUUAAUGAUGAUUAUCGGAGAACAAGAAGAGAGAAAACUUGUGUACUUUGCCUUGUUUUCAUUUGGCGAUUCCUUUUAUAAGCGUGUUCAUACAUACACACCCAAAUUCAGUUCUCAUCGAAAGGUUCAUGGAAAGAGCAAAUCUGACUCCCAGUGCUUAAUGUUCUUUGGACCUAUCAGAGAUUUGAGGACAAAGGCCAUUUCACAGCAGGAACAGUAUUAGUAGGGAUAGAUGGAUCACUCCAUUCCUGCUCCUUAUAACUUUUGCAUAUUUAAUACAUAAGCUUGUUCCAUCCCGCAUUCAAUUAAAAGGAAAAGAAAAAUUGAAUGCGUGCACUUUAAAAAAUUUAAAUAUUUUUGAACAUAUUUCCACAAAAUUAUUCUUUCAAAAACACAUUUCAAAAUGUGUAUUUCUGGGAUCCAGGAACAACCAUUUGGAUUUCUCACAGGACCCCUGUGUAGCAUUAAAAAAUGCAAUUUUGUAUGCUUUGAGCCAAAAGCAACAUCACAAGAUCCAGAGAAGUGCGAAAGCUGAAGAAUAACUGUGUAAGGAGCUCUAUAUAUUAAUGAGGGAGGUUCAGAUCACCAAAAUCAAAUUCUUCAAGUAUCCUGACUUGUUACCAGUAUUUAAAUGUUUAGUUUGCCUUUGCCUUUUACUUUCUGAGUGAGGGGAAAGAGUGAAUUGCUUUGAUCCAAUAUACUAACCAACAUGUGCACUUCAUGAGGCCCAUGAGAACAGAGAAACAUUGAGAACAUUGAGGCCCAUGAAAACAGAGAAAUGGGGAAAUGGGUGAGAAAGGAACAUUUGCUGCCCUUAGGGGUUUACGGAUGAUCACUUUUCAGAGACAUGUUGUGCUCUUGUUGCUGUCAUUGUGCCUUUGAAGCAAGUUCAUGAUCUCUUCUGGAACGGCUUUUGAAGAUUUCUGCAGGGCUUUAAGAAGUAAAGAUGUGUUGGGGAGGGGGACUAGCUUCCUGCUCCAUCACUGCUGCCAAUAGAUGUGCAUAGUUUGGUGUAACUGUUAUGACCACCUCUGGGCUAACACUCAGAGGCUGAACAGAGGGAAGAAGAUUAAGAGGAACUCAUAGCUUGAACCGCAGGGAGCAAGAGGAAGCAACAAUAGUGCAUGUACUGAUGUUCAGAGGGAGGAAGCAUGCUCAAAAGCAGGCCUGUACAUGCGUCCUUCUCAACUUGCAUGCAUCUCUGCCCCUUCAUACAAACUGUGCUUACUGUCUUUUCCAGCUGUAAACCCCACUGAGCAAGGGGAUGUAUGUCUUUUCCAUACAUGCUGUGGUGUACUUUUUUAGACAAUAAAAUACACUAUUGCUGAAA